CCUCGAUCCACGAACCCACAUGCUCCGCAAAUGUACGCGAUGUCGUCCUCGUACCCGGUUGUCGACCGUCCUGGGUCUUCGGCCUCCAUUGCCCCGGCGCUGUGGCGCGACUUCGUCGAUCUUUCGACCCCGCUGAAGCACGACCGUGAGCUAAAGAAUCAUCAGCCGGUAAUUUAUCCAUCAAUGUAAAGUAGAUCGAUUCACCUCGCUGGACCGGGACAAGAAGUUGUAGCUAUUUGCGGGUCCGAGGGAGGUAGAAAAUGAGCUUUUGCCCACUCUAACCAUACCUACGAAACUUCACGAUGCUGUCUCGACCAGGAUCAUGGAGCAGAGCAUUGCUCCUCGUCGCCGCUGUGGCUCGAUUUGGGGAUUGUAAAAUUGAUCGAAACUCCAUCGUUCGGCUCUUCAACCUCAAACUGAAUCAGUCUGAUCCCUACAGUCCUGUCCAAGUGGGCAAUGGCAAUUUUGCUUUCGGCGUCGAUGUUACCGGCCUGCAAACAUUCCUUCCGCACAACACUCUGUCGUCAUGGGGCUGGCACAACUCUUCCCUCCCUGCUACGCCUCAUCAGACUGCAAUUACGGACUUCACGGGACUGGACUGGUGGACACACGACCGGCUUGUCAACUAUGCACAACCGAACCCUGCCGAAAAGGAUAUCAGUCAAUGGUUGAUUUCGAAUCCACACAGAAUCAACCUCGGGAGGAUAGGCCUGUGGUUUGGUGGGCAAAAUGUUAGUGAAGAGAUGCUUUCGGAAAAGAUGCAGGCGCUGGACUUAUGGGACGGUGUGGUGACGUCCUUGUUCUUCUUGAACGGAAAAGAGGUCAAAGUACGAACUGUGGCGAGUCUGCAAACCGACACUGUCGCCGUUGAGAUUGAGUCAGAGCUAUUCAAGAGCGGACAGCUAGGAGUUUUCUUCGACUUUCCGUAUGCGAGCGGGAAGAACAAGUUCGAUGCGCCCUUCGUAGGAGUGUGGAACGCGACGGCCAACCAUACCACCACUCUGAAAACGAAGACCAGCGGGGCCAUUAUCACUCAUACACUCGAUGCCACGACUUAUGUGGCUGACAUCAACUGGGCGAACAAGGCGAGCAUCUCCAGGCUAGACAAUGCAAUGCAUCGAUACAUCUUGAAGCCCGGGACAAGAGAGGACAAGCUUUCCUUUACAACAACAUUUGCUCUAAAGGCAGGGAAGAGUGUUGGCUCAUUCGAUGAUGUACUGGACAAGGCUGCGGAAUGGUGGAACAAUUACUGGAAUAGGGGGGCGUUCAUUUUGUUGCCCAUCGCCUUCAAUUCUUCCGCUAGGGAACUCCAGCGACGGAUCAUCCUGUCGCAAUAUCUACUCGCCGUCAACGAGGCCGGAAGAGACCCGCCUCAAGAGUCGGGCUUAGUCAACAAUGGCUGGUACGGCAAAUUCCACAUGGAGAUGGUCUUCUGGCACCUCAUGCACUGGACGCUUUGGGACAAGUGGUCGCUCUAUGACCGCAGCAUCGGCGUAUACGAGCGCUUCCUUCCGACCAGCUUCGAGCGCGCAAAGCAUCAAGGCUACGAAGGCGCACGAAUUGGGAAGAUGAGUGAUCCAACAGGGCGAUCUGCGCCUGGGGAGAUCAACAGCCUCCUCAUCUGGCAACAGCCACAUCCUAUGUACUUCGCCGAGAUGGAGUACAGGAAGUACCCUAACAAAAAGACAUUGGAGAAGUGGGAUGCUAUCUUGACCGCAGUAGCAGACUUCAUGGUCAGCUACGCUUGGUAUAACGAGACUACGAAGGUAUACGAUCUAGGCCCGCCGAUGUAUCCAGUCUCUGAGAAUACCAACCCCAACCAAACCGUCAAUCCUACUUUCGAGCUCGCAUACUGGCGCUUUGGACUGGACGUCGCCGAGAAGUGGCAAAAGAGACAGGACAAAGCCGUGCCGUCGAGUUGGCAAACCGUGAGAGACAAGCUCGCAGCUUUUCCGGUAGAGAACGACGUAUAUGUCCUCUACGAAGGCAUCAAAGAUAUGUGGACCACACCUGAAACUGCAGAAGACCACCCAGGCCUCCUUGGGAUUUACGGCUGGCUCCCUCCAGAUCCCCGUCUCAAUCUUACCAUCUUCAAUAACACUCUCGGAAAAGUCUAUCAGUCGUGGAACUUUACUUACUCGUACGGGUGGGACUUUCCGCUUCUUGCUAUAACGGCCGCUCGGGUGGGCGACGCAGACAGAGCGGUGCGUUGGCUUUUGGACCCAGACAACAAGUUCGAUGCGGUCGGUAUGCCUGUAGGAGGUACGCGGGUUCCGACGCCGUACUUCCCGUCUAGUGCGGGCCUGCUCCUGGCGGUUGGCAUGAUGGCCGGCGGGUGGGAUGGGCUCGAAGGGCCGAUAUUUCCCCCGAGCUGGGAUGUAGAGGUGGAAGGUUUCUCCAAAGCUAUGUAGCGCGUGGCGAUAAGAACACGGUUCGCGUCUAAUUCCUACCUGCUAUUCUAACCCGCGCAUACAUCCGGAGUCUUCAUGAUAGUCCGCGGCAGGUCUCCGAGGCGGCCUAUGUACGUAGUUGGGUUAGCGCAUCGGAUAGAAUCCCUAUUACAGCCUAGCCGCCAUC